AAUUAUUUUUCAUUUUUUUCCAGUUUCUAGUGUUUUCACCAAGAUCAAAAUUUUGUUCUCGUUGUUUAUUAGUCAAAAUGAAGUGUGUUCUAGUCAUAUUGUUAUUUUUUUUAACAUGUUUAUCUCAUUGUAAAAUUGAUAUUGAAGAAGUUGACGAGUUUGAUGAAUUUGAGGAGUCACCUAUAACAGUUAGAACUGACAGUGACCUAAUAUUCAAUGAAAAAUUACCUCCUGUCAUGGACAAGAUUGAGCCUGAAGUCACUGUUGAAGUAUUAUGUUUACUAAAUUAAAAAUUGUUUGAAACCAACAUAUUUAAUUUUUAAAUUUUUUUUUAGGAUGAUGAUGAAUUUGAACAUUUUAAUGAUGAAGAGGAAUUUGAAGGUUUUGAUACCGAAAGAUUACAUGUUGAUGACAAGGAUCCUAAAAUUACUAUUGCAUCUGUACCAGUACCCUUUCAUACAAAAUGGUCUAGUUACAUAAUGGAAAUAUUUUUGGUGAUGGGUAUAGUUGCAUAUUUUGCAAAUUUCUUUUAUGGUCGGUCCAAGAAUGCUCGACUAGCAGAUAUAUGGUUUAAAACACAUAAAUCGUUAUUGGAAGAUAAUUUUUCUCUAGUUGGUUUGUAUACUAAAGUACAAAUUAUUUCUUGAAGAAAUUAAACAUUUUUUUCUAAAUACAGGAGAUGAUGGUAAAAUAGAAGUAGAGAGUAGUGGCAUAAUAAAAGAAACUGAAAGUUCAUAUACUUUGUGGUGUAGUGGUCGAACGUGCUGUGAAGGAAUGUUGGUGGAAUUAAAGUUUAUUAAGGUAAUAACAUAUUUAUUUUAUAAUACUAUGGUCUAAAUUCCUCAGUCAAACUUUUUGUUAUAUAUCUAAAUAAUAUAAUUAAUUAACAUUAUCUUUUCUUUAUUAUUUUCAAUUAAUCUAUUCAGCAGUAUGUAUAUUAUUUUUAUGUUAUAUUCUAGUUUACUGUUAAAUUAUAACCAUUUCCAUACUUGUAAUUGAGUUCCAUCUAUAUAAUAUACAAUAAAAUAAUAAUGUUUCCAUGUAUAAAUUGCUAUUUAAAAUUAUUUCAGAGGCAAGAUUUAGCAACUGUAUUUAAUCAAUUUUUGCGGCCUAUAAAAGAUGAAGUGCAUAUUAAAGUUGAUAUGAACAAAGAAGAUAUGGAUACGUUUGUGUUCUGUGUAGCGUCUAAAAAGACAGCCACUAGAUAUUCAAAAGAAAUGGCUGACCUUGUAAGGAACUCGUAUUAAAUGUUUGAAUUGAUAAUUUUUAAUUCAAAUUAUCUUGUUUUUCAGAGUGUAUUCUGUCCAGAACGUAAGCCUGGAGCCAAUUAUGGUUUGACUGAUAGUUUUAGUGUACUCAGCGAAUUAGGAGAGGUAUCUUCAUCUAUUUUAGAUGCAAAGACUGUUAACUAUAUUAACAAAUACUCAGAUGUUUUAGAUUGUUUACAUUUUUCUGAUAGAUAUUCAGGAUUUAAAUCAAACGAGUAAGUAUAUUUUUUAUGAAUACAAAAAUGUUUUUAUGUAGCCCAUGCCAGUGAAAUAGACAGCAUACCAAAUGUAUAAAUAACUAGUGAAGUCUGUCAUAGUAUCAGAAACUAAAUUAUUAGUAACAAUAACUUUUUUGUUUUAAUGAGGGAUACCAAGGGAAAUCAAACAUUAAUAAUAAAAAAAAAACAAUUAAACAUGGAAAUUAAAAUCAUUUUAUAUCAUAAUGUUUUUAAAAUAAUUUUAUAAUUAAAAUUAAAAAUUAGUUAAAUUUAAGCAAAUCGGAGCAUUUAUUUGUUCUUGAAAUAUUGUGAUAUUUAUUAAAAUAGUAAAUAUUUUCUCUUUUUCUCUUUCUUAUGUAAUAAAUAUAAAUAUUAUAACUUAAUGAUAAGGGAUUAUAGUAGUUUUUAACAGUUUGAAAGGUAAAAUAAUUAUUCAAUGGUUUUUUUUUUCAAACUGUGUUUGUAUCUACUCUGUAAUGUCUGUCCACCUAUAUUUUAAAUCUCUUUUUAACAUAGAUUUGACUAAAUUGCUGACAUAAAAACACAUCCUUGUAUUAUAUUAAAUUUUUCUUUUACAAAUUUUGUUUUAAAAAAAACAGAUUAUCAUUGUAUUAUUUAUUGAGUAAUAAUAUUGUUGAGGCAAAUACAUUUUUACCUAAAAUAAAUUUAAUUAUACCUAUUAAAUCUUUAUACUUAUAUAUAAAAUUAAUUGUAUAGAGAACUGAGAGUAUUAUAUGGUAAAUUUUAUCAGUUAACCAUCUCUAUAUUUUUAAUGCUUUAUAUGUUACUUAUUCAAUACAAUUGCAUGUUUAUAUUUUUAAUAUUUCAAAAAGAUCUCAGAAAUUGGCUAUUUUUAUUGGAGUCAUAUUUUAUAAAGAAGAAACAUGUGUAAACUAUUUAAAAUGCAAACAGAUGUUACUUAAAAAUGAAAUUAAUAUAUGUAUAUAAUGUUUAUAAUAUAAAAAUAACUAUUUUUUCACAUAUAUUUUUAAGGCAAUCGGCUAUGACUCCACAAUUAUAUUUUUAUAUUGACAAAGAAAUUUUGAAAUUUCCAAAUAUUAUUUAAGUAUAUGAAAAUACCUUAAGGUUAACUAUUUAUUAAAAAUGUAUGUCCUUAAUAUAUAAUUUAAAGUUACAAAAAAAAAUAUGUAAUUGAUUUGUUAAAAUAAACUUAAUAACAUUUUUCCAAAUAUUUCACUUUUUAUGAAUUAAAUAGUAUUCUAUUGCUAAAUACACAUUCAAAUUGUAUACUACGGAAGAUAUGACAUUUUUUUUUUGAACAUUUAUUGACACAAACAAAACAGAUCAUUUUAUAACAAUAAUUAAUAAGAAGCUCAAAAUUAUAAUUAUACUAAUAGUUUAAUUCACCUAUAUUAAAUUAAUUUUUUUCUUUUUACAGCGACACUACAGUUGCCACAAAGUUACCAACCGUGAAAAAAGUAUUGAUAUUUACGUUUACCAUUCCUACAGAUAAAUAUUCUAAUCCUCAAGAAGCUAUUAGUGCUAUCUAUCCACUUAUGUCAUUUGUAUUCCAAUGUAUGGAACGUAUUAAACGAUUAAGAAUCAGUAAAGAGGCCAAAAGUAAAGCUGAAAAGAAUAGAUUACGUGUUGAAGAAGCAUUUUUAAAAACAACUCAUGCAGCUCGAGCUGAAGCAGCUGCUGCAAGGAAGGAAGAGAAAAAAAGAUUGGAAAAAGAAAGAAUUUUAAAAGUACAAAUUAAGUUAUUUGCAUUGUUUUUUGAAAAAUUAAAAUUUUUAAAAUAAUUUUUCUAGGAGGAUCCAGAAAAACAACGAAAGUGGGAGGAGAAAGAGAUGAAACGCCAACAGAGGAAAAAGGCUCCACGAAUGAAACAAUUAAAAGUUAAGUCUAUGUAAAAGAUAAAACAAUUGUAUUAAUAUGCAGUGUUCUUUAUCUGUUGGUUUUGGUUAUAUCAGGUGCGUAAUAAGGGUAGAUUAUUAUUUAAAUAUUUUUGAUAGGUAUAGUUUGUGACGUGUCUUUGAUAAUAUUGGUAUAUAAUAUAAUCCAAAUCUAAAUUUUAUGUUUGUUUUUUAUUUUAAUGUAUCAUAUUUAAUUUCUUGUAGUUAAAUAAUAGUUACUUAUUUGUAAAUGUUAGGUAUAUUUUAAACAGACUGCCAUUCAUAUUAAAAAGUAUUGUAAGUAUUAUAAGUCUUGCUUAUAAUAUAAACAAGAUGUAUUAUGUAUUCUACAUUUAUAAUAAAAAAUGUAAUCAAUGAACUAAUUUAUUGAAUCAACUACUGUAUUAAUUAAAUUAUGUCAAAUAAUAUUAUGUAAUGGAAUAAAAUGUGUUCAUUUAUUAUAUCGAAUUAUGUUUUCAUUAUGUAUCUUUUACUGCAAUCUUAUGUUCAGAAUUAGCCAAAUGUCAAAAUAUUAAUAAAUACAAUUUUUUUAAUACAAUCAAUUAUAUCAAUAUUGGUUUUUUUUUUAAAACUAUUAUUUCUAAAGGUAACAAUUUGACCUAAAUAUCAUGCAUUACUCCAUUGGUAGUGCGAGGUUAUCAUAUGUACGUGGUAAGUCAGCAUAGUUAGCGAAAUACUAACAAAUUCCUUAUUGAAAACUAUUUUCUGACCAGCGUGUUCUAGCCCUACAUAUAAAUGCUCUAGGUACUCCUAUAUUUUACCUCUAUGUUUGUCUUCAAUAAAUAAUUGUCCUGUUAUUAUCUUCCAUUUUCUAUUUUUAUUUUUGUUCUAUAAACAUUUAAGAAAUGUUUGUCUGAUUUAUAUGCUGUAUCUUUGCUACCAAUUCUCAUUUGUACCUCUUUAUCCAUGCAGCUUUUGUUUGAGAAUAGUUCCAUUCUUAAGUUUCCUUCUUUCUUCUAUCAUUCUGUUUAUUUAUACUGUUUUCUAUUCAUCUCUGGGUACUGUAGCUAUAUUCCCUUUCAGAGUCUUUGAUUCUGCAUUUAUUACUAUUUUUAGAAUACCCCACCUGUUAUUUAUGUCAGCCCCUUCAUUAAUAUUUACA